AUGAGAUUUGCAGAAGCUUACAGAUUUCUGAGCAAUUCAAACUCCGAAAAGAAAGCAGAGGAGGGUGUUGAAAGUAAUAGUAAUGGCAUCGACAGUUUCGAUAAUCACAGUCAACUAUCGUUAGGCUCUGAGAAAGGGGCUCACGUAUUGGAAACAGACAGAAAUGUCAAGGAAAUCGGUAUUGUUUCAGCAUCGUUCUUGAUGCUUAAUAGAAUGUUGGGUGCUGGUGUGUUUUCAACGGGUUCUACUAUUUUUGCGUUGUCGGGUUCGGUGGGAACAUCAUUGAUGAUGUGGUUUGCAGGUACUGUUAUUGCGUUCACGGGAUUGUUGGUUUACAUGGAGUUGGGAACAGCCUUACCAAGAAACGGUGGUGAAAAGAAUUAUCUCGAAUAUAUGUUCCGCAAGCCAAAAUUCUUAGUAACGGCAAUGUAUGCAUCCUACGUUUUUUUCCUUGGUUGGGCCGCUGGUAAUUCAAUUGUUGUUGGUGAAUAUAUUUUAAACGCCGCAGGAAAGGAAGUUACACAGUGGAAUUCCAGAGGUAUUGGUUUAGCUGUCAUCACAUUCUCCUUCUUGAUCAAUGGUAUAAAUGUCAAAGCAGGCUUGUUUUUGGCUAAUGUAUUGGGUACUUUCAAAAUCGUUAUUGUUUUGUUCAUCAGUGUUACCGGUUGGGUUGCCUUGGGAGGAGGAAUCAAAACAAACAACUUUCAACCUACUGGCAAUUUCCACAACGCCUUCCAAGGUGAGAGUCCGACCGGGUUUGGUAUUGUUAAUGCUUUGUACAAUGUGAUUUGGUCGUAUGUCGGAUACUCAAAUGCAAACUACGCUUUAGGUGAGAUUAAGAAUCCCGAAAAAGUUUUGAGAAUUGCUGCUCCGUCUGCAUUCAUUGGCUUGGGUAUCAUCUAUAUGUUUGUCAACAUUGCAUACUUUGCCGUGGUCCCUAAAGCAGAAAUUGCUUCAUCUGGAAGAAUCCUUGCCGCUUCAUUCUUCAAAUACGCUUUUGGUGACAAGGCAGAGACCGCAGCUUCAGCUUUCGUUGCCAUCUCCGCUUGGGCCAAUGUUAUGUCGGUUAUCUUUUCCCAAGGUAGAAUCAUUCAACAAUUGGGACGUGAAGGUUCCUUGCCAUUUUCACGCUUCUUCGCCACGUCGAGACCAUUUGGAACUCCAUUUGUCGGAUUGAUGCAACAUUGGAUUGUUUGUAUUGUGACUAUUGUGGCUCCACCACCAGGUGAUGCCUAUAACUUCAUUUUAAACUUGAUCUCAUAUCCAUUGAAUGUUGUCAACACAGUGCUUGCUGGAGGAUUGAUUUAUAUCUAUUACAAGAAGUACAAGGGGCUCACAGAGUGGAAUCCACCAAUCAAAGCUUCACUCCCUGUGGUGAUUUUCUUCUUCCUCGCAUCAUUGUACUUGAUUGUUGCUCCAUACAUUCCACCAGUACAUGGCCAAAAAGUGUACAACGACUUGCCAUAUUGGAUUCAUGCCGUUGUAACCUGGGGUGUUUUUGGUGUUGGAUUGGCAUACUGGAUUGUUUGGGUGAAGAUCCUACCAUAUUUUGGAGGUUACCGUCUCGUUGCAAAGGAGAUUUUGGGAGAUGAUGGGUUCUGGAGGAACAAGAUUUACAAGGUUUCUAAGGAUGCUGAUGAAAUUGAUCAGAUAGGAGAGGAUGUUGCAGUGGUGAAGUAA